GGUGCUUUUGUGGAGUUAUACUAAGCUCCGCUUUUAAAACAGUGUAAGCGCUUCUCAAUAGCCCGUGGUUAUUUACCCUACCUACCUACAGAGUCUAACUGGCGCUUUAUAUAACCUGAAUGAAAGAACGCUCACGGCAAGUGAAUACGGAAGCAUUUACCAUUACACAUUUCCCUUCACGUGACCGGUCACAUGACUUCGUCUGUCAGAAAUUCGAAGAUGGCUACGCAUCUGUCUUGCGGCCGAGUGAAUCUGAACGUUCUGAGGGAAGCGAUGCGCAUGGAGCUGCGGGAGUUCUUGGAUAAAUGUGCAGGGAGUAAGGCAAUUGUUUGGGAUGAGUAUCUAACAGGACCCUUUGGCUUAAUUGCUCAAUAUUCCCUACUAAAGGAGCAUGAAGUUGAAAAAAUGUUUACUUUAAAGUCAGGCCCACUUCCUUCAUCUGAUGUUAAAAAUAUUAUCUUUUUUGUCAGACCUAGACUUGAAUUAAUGGAUAUAAUUGCUGAUAACAUUCAGAGAGAGGAAAGAGGGCGCUUCCCACAAAGGGAUUUCUAUAUUUUGUUUGUGCCUCGUCGCAGCAUUUUGUGUGAGCAACGGCUUAAGGACCUUGGAGUUUUGGGGUCAUUUAUGCACCGAGAUGAAUACCGCCUCAACCUAAUACCAUUUGAUGGGGACUUGCUGUCCAUGGAAUCAGAAAAUGCUUUCAAGGAAUGCUGCUUAGAGAAUGAUCAGACAAAUCUUUACCAAGCUGCUAAAGGGCUAACCACCUUGCAGUCGUUAUACGGAACAAUACCUCAGAUUUGUGGAAAAGGCGAAUGUGCAAGGCAUGUGGCAAACAUGAUGAUCAGGAUGAAGAGAGAGCUAGGGGGAAGUCAGAGCCAGAUAACCCCCGUGUUUGACACUCUUCUACUGCUGGAUCGGAAUGUGGACCUGCUUACACCUCUAGCCACGCAGCUGACUUAUGAAGGCCUCAUCGAUGAAGUCUAUGGAGUACAGAAUAGUCAUGUAAAGCUACCUCCAGAAAAGUUUGCCCCUAAAAAGCAGGAAGAAGGUGGAAAGGAUCUUCCAACUGAACCAAAGAAACUGCUGCUAAACUCUGCAGAAGAGCUAUACGCUGAGAUCCGAGAUAAAAACUUCAAUGCUGUGGGCUCAGUGCUGAGCAAGAAGGCAAAAAUCAUAUCUGCUGCGUUUGAGGGAAGGCAUAAUGCAAAAACAGUGGGAGAGAUCAAGCAGUUUGUUUCGCAGUUACCCCACAUUCAAGCUGAGAAAGCUUCUUUAGCCAACCACACAUCUAUUGCUGAACUCAUUAAAGAUAUCACAACUUCAGAAGCUUUCUUUGAUAAUUUAACAGUGGAACAAGAAUUUAUGUCUGGGUUUGACACCGAUAAGGUAAAUCCUUAUAUCGAGGAUUGUAUAUCUAAGAAAGAUCCUAUUAUAAAGAUUCUGCGCUUGGUCUGUCUUCAGUCUCUAUGCAACACUGGGCUAAAGCAAAAGGUUCUUGACUAUUAUAAGAGGGAGAUUCUGCAGACGUAUGGGUAUGAGCACAUAUUAACUUUGCACAAUCUGGAGAAGGCAGGAUUAUUAAAACUUCAGACCAGCAGCAGAAACAAUUACCCAACUAUAAGGAAGACCCUUCGCCUUUGGAUGGAUGAUGUAAAUGAACAGAAUCCCAAUGACAUAUCCUAUGUAUACAGUGGUUAUGCUCCCCUGAGUGUGCGUUUGUGCCAGAUUCUGGUGCGCCCUGGAUGGAGAAGCAUUGAAGAAGUACUAAAAAUCCUCCCAGGGCCCCAGUUUGAAGAACGUCAGUCCCUACCUCCUGGCCUUCUUAAGAAAAGGCAGCAGGGCGAGAACAAGGUGAUUCUGGUCUUCUUCCUGGGAGGGGUCACAUUCGCAGAAAUUGCAGCUUUGCGCUUCCUGUCUCAGAUGGAGGAUGGAGGAACAGAAUAUAUCAUUGCUACUACUAAACUGAUCAAUGGCACAACUUGGAUUAAAUCCUUGAUGGAGAAGCUUGAGCCUCCCCCAUUUUGAAGACACAGCUCAUGCUAGGAAGUCAUGUUGUUACCUGAUGGUACCUGCAGAAGACAAGUAAUCCCUAUUUAUUGCUAGUUUCUUGGGUAAACUGCUCGUCAACAAUAAUGACAUGAUAAACUUUCAGUACAAUAGGUAUGCAAGGUGCCCUGUACAGUUUGGUAAAACUGUAUGAGUGUAUGGACAACAAAGCCUAUGUUGCUACCAACAUCAGUGCCUAAUAUAUAUAAAUAUAAGGUCUCAUUUAGUCCUUAAAUAUUUGUCACAGUAUUUGUGUGUGGAUACUGUAUGUACAUCAUUUUUCCUGGAAGAAAAAUUUCACUUCACCUUUUUUGUAUUGGUAAAAGACAUAAGUGUUUUCCUCUUUGCAUAGUUCUUUGGAAGGCCAUGACUGUAUUAGUCUUGGGGGGUUUAUUUAUUAAAGUCCGAUUUUUUUUUUUUUUCUGGUCAGACUUUUAAAGGGAAAAACACCAUUAUUUUUUUUUGUAAAAAUACGUACAUUUUUUUUGAUUUAUUAAACCCAGAUGGUGUUAAAAGUCUAAUUAAAAAAGUACUCCAACUCAGACCUGCCAAGUUCAUGUAGAGGUCAAUGGCAGACGUCCCGUUGACAUCCUGUUCUGUGCUGGGAUUUUGUGGUUUUCAGGCAUCAAAUAUGAAAAACGCUGAGGUUUCGGGCAUCAGAUCCAAAAAGAUUCUUACAUUUCACAUUUUUGUCUCGUUUUUUUCCCACUCAAGACAUUUUCUGAAAAAUGUAUUGAUAAAUGGGGGGAGAGUCAGAAAACAGUGAGAACUUUUCAGAUUUUGAGAAAUAACCCCCAUAAUGUAAAUAAAUCUAUUAUCUUGUUCAAUAAUCACUUGGUAUAUUAUUAGAACGGUUAAUCAGUCCUUCUGUCCUCCUUAGUUUUGUACCAUUUGUCAGUUCCCACUGACCAAAAUCUGCAGCCUGCUCAGUAGUACAAAGAACCCAUAUUGUUUUUUUUUUGUAUUAUGCCAUUAAAGCAAACCAUUCAAAUGUC